AUGUCUGUGAUUCUAGCCUCAGCAGGAUAUGAUCAUACCAUUCGAUUUUGGGAAGCACUGACGGGAGUGUGCUCGCGGACCAUUCAGCAUGCAGAUUCGCAAGUGAACCGACUAGAAAUAACUUCGGACAAGCGCUACCUUGCUGCCGCAGGGCAUCUGCACGUGCGGAUGUACGACAUCAGGACUACGAAUCCCAAUCCAGUGACCUCCUUCGAAGGCCACAGGGGAAAUGUAACUUCGAUCGCGUUCCAGCAGGACAACAAAUGGAUGGUGUCUUCCAGCGAAGAUGGAACUAUCAAGGUGUGGGAUGUGCGAUCACCUUCCGUUCAGCGCAACUACAAGCACGACGCGCCGGUAAAUGAGGUUGUCAUUCACCCCAACCAGGGAGAGCUAAUUUCGUGCGACCAAGAUGGGAAUAUUAAGAUAUGGGAUCUGGGGGAGAACCAGUGCACAAACCAACUAGCGCUAGAGGACAAUACUGCGCUGCAGUCUCUUUCGAUUGCGAGUGACGGUUCCAUGCUGGUUGCAGGAAACAACAAGGGGAACUGCUAUGUUUGGAAGAUGCCAAACCAUACCGAUACGGCGAGUUUGAAACCCGUAACCAAAUUUCGGUCACACUCGAAAUACAUAACCAGAGUACUACUCUCAGUUGACGUCAAACAUUUAGCCACGUGCUCUGCAGAUCACACAGCGAGAGUAUGGAGUGUCGAAGAUAAUUUCCAACUUGAGACUACGUUGGAUGCGCAUUCAAGAUGGGUUUGGGACUGUGCGUUCAGUGCCGAUAGCGCCUAUCUUGUUACCGCGUGUUCGGACCACUAUGUACGUCUCUGGGAUCUCUCAACGCGGGAAAUAGUUAGGCAAUAUGGCGGCCAUCACAAAGGCGCAGUGUGCGUCGCGUUAAAUGAUGUAUGA